AAACAUCGACGGCACUGGAUAAGCGUAAACACAGGUGCAUCUCACAGAGUGGGAGGAUCUGUGACUGUGUCUGUUCCAUGCGGCAUGGCAGAGACAAACCACACACCCGCCAAACCUGAUAUUGACGCCUUAUUCCAAUCUGUCGGAUCUAAACUUGGCUGGUUUCAAUUUAAAGAUGUAGAUUCCGCCAUUAAAAGUCUGUCUCAAAGUGGAAAAAAGAAAUCCUCAAGAAGUCGUGUAUUUGAAACAAGUGCACAGAAGAAGACUCCUUCUAAAAAUUUUAGAAAACCUUCAAAAGAUAAAGAUGUCACCAAAAAGAAGUCUUCACGAAAAAAGCCAAAAAGUACUAUAGAAAACCAUGCAAACCAGUCAAGCAAAAUUGUCACAAGCUGGACAGAUGAUAAAUCUCUCAGUGUAGAUCAUUCCAUGAAAUCAUCUCCAGAGGUUCCUCAUGGGGUGUCCAUCGCAAGCAGCCCUGAAAAUAUUCCUGUGGAAUCAACGCGCAUAGGAAGCUCUGUAUUUAGGACGGACAGCAACAGUUUUGUCAAUCUCACCCUGUCACCCGUCAACGCUUGCGAUUCAGUCAGCAAUAUUGAGGAGCUGUCCGACUCUUACAAAGCUCUGAAAAUAAAUGCUCAGAGAAGAAAGUCACGUCAGUCUAGAGGUGGUGAGUUGGAUUUGACGGAACAGAAAUACACCACUUGUUUUCCUGAGGAUGAUGAGAUAUUUUACAGUGUUCUGGACCCCAAGGGAAGUAACUCUUCUACCAGCAGUCAGCAGAAAUCAGGGAGCCAGAGUUCACAGGGCUCUGAGCAGUCUGAAUAUGUGGAAGUAGAAGAUAAAGCUGUGAGCACUGGAAGUCUAGAGCUAGCACUCUGCGACAACGAAGAUUUGGACUAUGAGCAAGAUAGGACUUUUUUUACCUCCUGGGCUGUUCCGCAACAGGAAAGGCACAAAAAGAAUAAUGUUAAUACCAGUGACAAAAAUUCUGAGGACCAGAUAAAUGAUCAGUUAUUGCGUUCAGACAAAAAAUUGGAUUCUGACAGUUUGGAGGAAAUGGCUAGUAGCAGCAUAUCAAAGAAAUGUGGAAGUGUAGAAGAAAGCAGCAGCAUGUCUGGCAGUUCCAGUGCGAGUGGAUAUUGUGAAGUGGAGGAUAAGUGUGUGGGGCCUUCCCCCUCAGGUUCCCUGAAUGACAGUCAAAUGUCUGCUCAUAGCGAGAAUUCUUUGGGUCGUUCAUCUCCUAUGAAUGCCUCAAAGCAAAUUCUUCAAAAUGAUUGUCUUUCAAAGAAUACUUCCCCGAGUGACUCUCCUUCUGUAAACUCUUCACUGAGCGACAUCCUUGCAGAUGGCUCACCUGAAAACGACUCUCCCCAAAAUCACUCUCCCCAUCAUGACCCAUCCUCAGGUAAUUCUUCUCCUCAUGAGUUGAUACCCAAUCCUCUUAACACCACAAAGUAUUUUGACUCGAUAGACAGGCGUAUCUCCAGCCUGCAUUUUUCCACGGAUGUAUCUCGCCGGUCGAGUGUCUACCAUGAUGCCACUGAGGAGCUGAAGUUACCUUCGAUUGAUUCUGGCGUGGAACCUAAAGGUUACCUUGUUACCUCUGGGGUGGAGUCUCUGGUAGACCUUAGUGUGACUGACAGUGGCUCAGCGACCAGUCAGAGAGCAUGUGAGAAUGGUAACAAAACCAAGGGAAGACCAGCCAUGGAACAGAGCUUGCCUUUUGAAGUAAGUAGAGGUAUUGUGAGAGGGCGAUCAGAUGUUGUUGGUGGUGGUGUUCAGUUUGGUUAA